AUCUUCGAAAUCACUCACUAUACAAUAUUUGUAACGGAGUAUUGUGAUGGCGGUGAUUUAUUACGGAAAAUAAAGAAAUGUAAGAGGGUUCCGGAGCCAGAGGCCAAGCAAAUUUUUCGACAGCUGGUCGAAGCACUCAUGUACCUACAAAACUGCGACAUCGUUCACCGCGAUUUAAAAUGUGAAAAUGUGCUUCUCGAUCGGAAUGAGAACGUGAAGUUAGGCGACUUUGGCUUUGCUCGAUAUCUGAAGCCAAAUCAAAAGUCUAGCACCUUUUGUGGCAGCAGGGCUUAUGUGGCUCCGGAGAUUCUUAGAGCUAUCGCCUAUAGUGGUCCGCCGGUCGAUAUAUGGAGUGCAGGCAUAGUACUAUAUGUAAUGGUGACGGGAGUGAUGCCAUACGAUGAUCGGCAUCCACAGAAAAUGGUAGAGAGGCAACUCGCUCAUAAAAUCCGGUAA